UUGAAGGAGAGAUCUUUUUAAUGCAGCUAGUAUAUUUUAAAAUGUGUUUUCUUUCUUUUCAGGACCUCCAAUAGCAGCCAGACAUUAUCAUCCUGCCAUACUAUGGAGCCAUGUUCAGCAGAUGAAUUUUUUCAAGCCCUUAAUCAUGCUGAGCAAACAUUUAAAAAAAUGGAAAACUAUUUGAGACAUAAACAGUUAUGUGAUGUAAUUUUAGUUGCUGGUGACCGCAGAAUUCCAGCUCACAGAUUGGUGCUCUCCUCUGUCUCAGAUUAUUUUGCUGCCAUGUUUACUAAUGAUGUCAGAGAAGCAAGACAAGAAGAAAUAAAAAUGGAAGGCGUAGAACCGAACUCAUUGUGGUCUUUGAUUCAGUAUGCAUAUACGGGCCGCCUUGAAUUAAAAGAAGAUAACAUUGAGUGCCUGUUAUCCACAGCCUGCCUUCUUCAGCUGUCACAGGUUGUGGAAGCAUGCUGUAAGUUUUUAAUGAAACAGCUUCACCCAUCCAACUGCCUUGGAAUCCGUUCCUUUGCUGAUGCCCAAGGCUGUACAGAUUUGCACAAGGUGGCUCACAAUUAUACUAUGGUAUGUAUUUUUGAAAAGCAAGGGUCCGUGUCCUUUGUGCCUUCCCCUGUUGUCGAAGGCUUGUCUACAUGCUGCUGUUUCCACACGGCUUUGCCUUGGGUCCUGAGGUUCAGGCUCAUGGUCUAG